AGAGAGAGAGAGAGAGAGGGAGAGAGAGAGUUGUGGAUGUGGGUGGCUCACGCUAGCACAGAGCAAAGGUGCAGCUUGCUAAAAGGAACGCGGGGGGCUCCGAGGGAAGCCCGAGGGCCAACAUGACACCCGGCCGAGCCACGCACGCCGCAGCAUGCGUGGCCCCACAACGGGCAUGACGACGUCGGAUUCAUGGUGACCGCUGCAGCAGCGCUCGCUGGCUCCACAAGGUUCUCGACCGCAACUUGGCCGCAGAGGGUCCGCGGGGAAACAUGGCCGAAGGAGUACCCACCAGGUCCACUGAGCAGGAGGAACGGGCUCCCCACGUCCGGUCAGGAUCAGGCUUCUGCAAAUGGUUCAACGUCCGCAUGGGCUUUGGAUUUAUCUCCAUGACCAGCAGCGAUGGGACCCCCGUCGACCCCCCUCUGGAUGUUUUCGUCCACCAAAGCAAGCUGGUGAUGGAGGGCUUCCGAAGCUUAAAGGAAGGUGUGCCAGUGGAGUUCACCUACAAGAAGUCCUGCAAGGGUCUCGAGUCCCUGCGGGUGACCGGACCGGGCGGGGGACCCUGCGCUGGCAGCGAGAGGAGGCCCAAAGGGAAAGUCCCGCUCCAGAAGCGUAAACCAAAGGGAGACCGCUGUUACAACUGUGGCGGUCUGGACCACCACGCUAAGGAGUGUAACCUGCCUCCCCAGCCAAAGAAAUGCCACUACUGCCAGAGCAUCACGCACAUGGUGGCCCAAUGCCCCCACAAGGUGCUGGCGCCCCCCGCAGGCUCUCAGGACCAACACGCGUCUACCUCCGCCUCCAGCCCGGGGUCGUCGAGCUACCUCGCUCCCCCGGAGGAGGAUGAGCGCUACGGCGCCUCUUCCCUGGGAGGUUCAUCCUCGUCCCCCGAAGAGCCUCAAAGUCACCGCGGCCCCCGGACCCAGAGGUGGAGGAAGUCCUAAAAGAAAGUCUCUUCGUCCUCGACACCACCGCUUCAUCUACCUCACAGCUGUGACAAAAUGGGGGGUUUUCAUUUCUUCAGCUCUUGAUGUGUAUUUGUUGUUAGGGUCCCACGGCGACGAUCCGAGGGAAGCCACGGUGACUAUCCGACGGCUACGGAUGCUGACUUCAAGGGCGCCAUCUUGUGUUCAAUCAGGGCAGCUCAGGAGGCAAACAUGCAACGAUCAUGGUUUGAUUUCCUCCUUAGUAUUAUUCUUUUUAUUUUAUUUUAUACCUACUGUUCACAAAUGUCAUCAUGCUCAAUUACUCUUUUUUUUUUUCUUAACACAUUUUAAGAAGGUUCAUAUGGGAGUCGCCACCUUUUAAGAUGUAAUCCGCGCAUAAAUGACUGUUAAAAGCCAUCUUUAGGGAACCUUAAUGGAUUCCAGAUGGAUCAGAAGAUUUUUUAACCCAUUUUAUAUACUCUCCAGUCACAAUCUAAUGAGAUCCAAUUGAGAGGUGAACGUUUGUAUGCUUGCAAAGCCUUUGUCGUCGUUGUCAUAGAUGGACACGCCUUUUUAUUCCACUAGCUUAGUUUAAUCGGAAGAGUUUCAUUAUGUUAAGAAGACCGCAACGGCUUGAAAAUUAUUAAUAUAUAUGUGAAGUCCGGAUUAUAUCUAUAAAUGAGAAUUUAUUAAGUCAUUUUUUUUCAAGAUCUAACUUAGAUGAUAGCCCUCUUGUGUGUGUAUAUCGUGGGGUGUUUAUGUGAGACCUCAAUCUUUUUCGAGCAAUGGCUGUUUUUAAAAUCAAAAUUCCACAGCACAUAAAAGACCACAUGUUUACUAACGGACCGUCAAAAUAAUGAUUUGUCGAAAGACUCGCUGACAUUGCUCGUGGAGAAUGAGAUUUUUGGGGGGGGAUUUUAGAAUGUACGCGUCUGUCACCAAUGCAGAGAACCAAUCAAUGACCAAACCACGCAAAAGAACAGCCCCCUUUUUUUUUAUUUUUUUUUUGUAUCAUGUACAUUAUUAUUAUUUUUUUCCACUCUCGCGAUGAUGACUGUUCUCAGGGAAUUUCACCCAAAGGAGCAAUUGUCUUCUUUUUGGGAGUCAUCCACUCAAGAGAUAGGAGAGACCGCUCCACUCCAUGUCCUGAUAUCAUGAUCUACCUCUUGAAUUUUUAUUUGUUUUCUGAUACUUUUUGUACUGGGAUUUGCAAGUUGCCGCAAACUCCAAGGUCUUCCGUUUCAUUUUUGAUUAGUUUACAGCAAGACACCUACCUCAUAUGUUCAGCUUUCUUAUUUUUUUUUUCUUCUACCUCUUUUUUUACGUUUGUAACACAGUGGGCGGCUUCGGAGCAGUGCCGAAGCCCUUCGGGAAAGGUGUUGGUCUCGCCGCAUUUUGGGAUGACGCAGUUUAUCAGAACUAUCUCCGAAAAUGGUUCAGUUUUUGUCUUUGGCCAAAUAGUUGCGCCGCCGUUGGUACCAGACGCUUUUUUAUUUUUUAAUAGUUGAGGAUAAUCAGUGGUGACACGCCCUUUUGUGUGGCGGCUCGCGUUUUAUACUAAUGUAGACAUUGGUUAGGCAUUGCAAAGUGUUUUUUUCAAAAAUUUCCCCAUUGAGAUUAAGAAGAUGCAUUUGUGAAGGUUUUGCACUCACACUGGGUCAUCAUGUACUGUGCUUCAGUGAGUCCGUCAUGUUGAUUGCGCACCUCAGCAGUGCUGAAUUAAAAAAAAAAACAGAAAAACUGAGAGGCACCGCUUUGAUUGGCCAUGAAUCAAGUCGGGUGUGUACUCCCACAACGGUGCAAACGCCCAAUUCUAACUUGACCCAUCUGAGAUUACAAAAAAAUCACUCUGUACAGAUGACCUGAUGUGAUGUCAGCUUUUUUUUUUUUUUUUUUUUUUUAAAAUCAUUAUUGUAACACUUUUUACCAAUCAAUGUAACUACUGAUUGAGCUUCAUGUCAAUGUAAAUUUGUAAAGUCAAUUGCUGAGUGAUAAUUGCAUUUGUGUUUUGGAAGGCUUUUCAAUGGGAACAAAUUAGUGAGAUUUUCAUUCCAGGUUACCCCAACGACAAAGUUUGAUGUACUCUUUGCUUUGCGCUUUGCCAUCAAGGUCAUUGUCAGCGGUGAAAUGAAUGAAUGUAUACUGUUUUGCUGAACAAAUAUGCAUUUGAUCAUACUAGUAUGCAGCAAAGUUUCUUUUUUUUUUUUUUUGUCACGGCUUGUGUUAACCAAAGCUCUUACUGGUCCGCUCCAAAAAUGUGUUUUAUUGUGUUUUACUCGAUAGCCUUACACGUGUUAAUUGACUUUCACGUCCAUUGAUUAUGGCUUUACCCUCACAGACUCGAAUGUGUGCAGUUUAUUGUUCAUCAUAAUGGCCUUAUUAUGUCCUUGAACACAAAACAAUCUCGGUUGAAGAAUUCCAACUCGGGCAGUCCACCGCGUAUAUACCUCCUCAUGCUGACAAGUGACCUCGUUGUUGUUUUUGAUUGUGAUGUUGUUGCUUGUUGUUGCGAGAGUCAUAUGAGCUCUCUAUAUUUAGAAAGGUGUGUAAGCACUGAUCAGGUGGGGAAAUGUGCUUUGGUUUCAGAUCACUUCUUUUAACAUGUAUUCUAGGUAAACAGCUUUUUUUUUUUCCUAUUUCUGUAAAUCUUGCAUUGGAUUUUUAAAUGAUUUGAAAUGUCUGAAAUGUUUUACUGGAAUGGAGAAAAAAAUAUUAUUUUUGGCAUUAAAGUAUGUAUACUUUCCUAUUA